GUACCUGCUUGUCCUGAGCUGCGGAUUAGGUGUUCCAUUAAGUAGCAGUUUUUUUUCUUUGGGUUUAGGCCUUUCUGACCCAACGGAAGCCUGUGUUGGCCCGGCCCGACGCCGAUAAAUCAGCGAUCAGUCCGGAGACCAAGGAUGUUCGUAUCGUACCUUAAUGGGAUAGCUUUCAAAACUCAUGCUUUGUACAAGGCAGAAAAAGAAAAGGCGUCCAGGAUAUAAAUGGAUAGUCCAAGAAAUGAGUCAUAUCUCACUGCAGCAAACUUAAAAUUUCACCUAUCGACGCCAACAAGGAUUUAGAUAGAACACCAACCAGACUCUCAAUUUCAGAAAUGUCGGACUCUUGCAAUCUGUGCAAUGUCUGAACCAGACUCACAAUCUCUGAAAUGUCGGACUCUUUGCAAUCUGCAAUGUCUGAACUUGAAACUAGUCAGUCAGACUCCUCGGUGCUGGAUGAUGCACUCUUCGUACUUCCGAUCAACACAAGCAGAACGUAGAUUAUCUGGACUACGGCAAUCCAUAUCGCGUCCAACUUUAUCUAAAAGAAGAUUACAAUUUUUACGAGAGCGCAAAAUCAGCAGGACUCUAUGCAGACUUCAUCGUUUCUCAUCUCUUACAGACAACACAAACACUCAAACAGAGACAGACCCUCAAACUCCUUGGACUCGUUUAAUCCUUUGAUUUGAAGGACAAAUUAAUCAGAAGAAGUAGUAAUGAUAAGGGAUGAGAGAUUAAGAAUCCAAUCUCGUUACAAGAAAUGCAUGUUUGAAUUCUUUAUCUCAACGCUAUCCAUCCAGACAUAUAUAAAUUGAAGGGCAAACCAACGUGAUCAUGCAUCCAAUCCAAUCCAAUCCAAUCCAACACAAAAACCAGGCAGAGCGCCAUAGCAUCGUCCUAGCUAGGCUUCAACUCGACAUGGCUUCGCCCAAGCUCCUCGCCCUGUUCUUCGCCUUCGCCAUGGCGGUGGCGGCGCUGCAUCCCUCGGAAGCGGCGAGGCUCCAAGUCGUCCAGCAAGCAUUCAAGCCCGCGGCCGCAGGUCAAGAAGCGGCAGAAAAGGUGGCCGACCAAGCAGCUGCCGGCGGCGUGGCACGCCCAUCGACGACACCUCCGGCGGGACCGGGCAUCCCCGCUGGCCUACCUCCAAACCUACUGGGCGCAAUCCUGGGCCUGCUUUUCCCGCCGCUGGGCGCCAUCAUCGGCCUGUUGCAGCCACUGAUCCCGCUCCUCCCGCCGCCGGGGUCGUCUCUUCCGCCUCUCCAAGGCGGCGCCGGCAACCUGGGUGCCAGCUUGACAUCGUUCUCCCCCGCGCCGCCGGCCCAGCCCCAGCCGACGGAGUGCAUGACGCCGCUGGCUGGCAUGGUGCCGUGCACGGACUACCUGACCAACAUCACGGUGCUGACGCCCCCCGGCGAGUGCGGCGACGGGCUCAAGUCCGUGAUCAGCGACGCGCCCAUCUGCCUCUGCCACGGCAUGAACGGGAACAUGAACCAGUUCUUGCCCAAGCCCGUCGACCCCAUCCGCAUGCUCAUCCUCCCGCUCGCCUGCGGCACCGUGCUGCCGCUCCAGACGCUCUUCGGGUGCAACUCGCAACAGGUGCCGCCGAUAAUGCCUCCUAUGCCAGCAGAGCCGCCGACGAUGACACCUCCUUCAGCGUCACCGUAGAUGCAUAGUUUCGUCGAGUUUAGAUGCUAGUAGAGAUAGGUAAACCUCCAGUAGUGUCUUAGGUUUAAGAUUUAUUAGAUAUCGUUCAGAAAGUCGUUUUAGAAGUCAAUGGUGGAUUUAUUAUCAUGUAAGUAGUUCAGUAGCUUGCAAUCGUCAAUAUAACGUGGACUAGUGAAAAACAUAUUGAAUGGUCAAGGAAUUUCUCCCUUAAAGUGUCCUCGAUGUCAUUAUUUGGUUCCGACUUUUAUUUGCUUUGACUGU